AUGAAAGCGGCCCAGCUAAGCAGGAUCGAUGUAAGCGUGGAGAAGUAUAUAGAUCGAAUUUGGGAUUUAACACAUUCCAAAAAAAUAUCAAAAAACGGGCAGAUCAGAGUUGAAGGAAAUACUGAGACGAGACAUGGCGCAUUGCAGUACGUGGAUACGGUAUUUACUGCCCAUCUUAAAUAUCGACAUGGCUACGAUACGAAUGCUCCAUGUUGGGAUUUCAUUACUUCUUUUUUCUUUACGGCAACGAUGCUCACUUCAAUUGGGUAUGGCUAUGUUGCACCAUCAACAUUUUGUGGGCGCUUAUUUGGUGUCAUCUACUGUCUCAUCGGAAUCCCAUUAACACUAGUUACAGUGGCCAACAUUGCUAAGUUCAUAUCAGAAUGCGCUUUUUUAAUCCAUUACAAUUGCUGGAAAAAGUUAAUGUCAUGGAGGGAUCACCGGAAAGGAUAUAAGACUCACGAGCUUCGACCUAUGUUUGACGAGAACGAAGAUGAACAAGAACUGUUGGAUAAAAUAAAACUUGUUCGUUUUCCACCGGUGAUCUUAUUUUUACUUGUAUUUUUAUAUGGACUUUUCGGCUCAUAUAUUAUUCAAAAGAAAGAGCACUGGACUUACACUGAAUCAGUGUAUUUCACAUUUAUCAGUAUUUUGACAGUUGGUUUCGGUGAUUAUCGUCCGGAACAGCAAAAUAUGCUGGUAGUUUUAUGUGUCAUCAUGGGUGGCAUAAUUCUGACAACAAUGUGCAUGGAUGUGGUCGGUCGAAUGUAUCUAAAGGAGAUUCAUUACAUUGGUCGUAAAAUCCAAACGAAUAAUCCCUUCUUUCUGAUUCGUGAAGCAAAAGCAAGGCGACGAAGACAAGCAACUGCAAGUAUACUUUUGGAAUUAGCGAAAGGUAUGAUAUUCGAACAUAGUAAUAAUCAUAUGGGUGCGAUGGCCAGAAGACGAAUGAGUAGAAAGCUCCAAAAACGCGGGCCACACAUGUUAACAGAUGAUGAAUUUAUGUUUGCACGUCUGCCACCAGAUCCACCACGGGAAUGUCAAGUUGUUUCCACAUCUGCUUAUUCGGUCCGGCUUGCAUGGGCACCAGCAUUUUCUGCUGACGAUCAAGUUACUUACAACAUACGUUACCGGAUCAAGCAUCAGGAAGACAGUAAGACGCGUGAACUACGUGGCAUUCAAGGACAUUCGGCAGAAAUUAUGAGCGUUGAUUCGUGUUCCUUGUAUGAAUUCCGUAUCACAGCUGUUUCACGUUAUGGUGAAAGCAAACCAGUCUAUCUAGUGCAGUAUACAGAGCCACAGCUUAGUCCACAACAUAUUUUGGCCCAACGACUGAAUGCGAACACCAUCGAGCUGUCAUGGGAACCGCCUUAUAAGCGCACUAGAGACGUUAUGAACUAUAUUGUUUACUAUACGGAAAAUCCCAAUGCUCAUUUCUCGGUCUGGGAGCGGAUCACAGUGCGUGGACAACGAAUAGUUUUUCCUGACUUACGUUAUGAUUGGUUCUAUAUGUUCUGCGCCACGGCCUGUUUCAAGGAUGGGCAACGAUCGCCACUAUCUAGAGCACUAUUUGUCAAGACUGAUAAGCUGGAAUUCCGACCUAAAUGUGUUGGCCAGUCGCACACCAUUGAGAUAAUGAAUACGAUACAGUAUUCAGAAGAUGAAAUUAAUGAAAGAGUGCCCUUACUACCUCGAGACUAUGUAUCCUUCCAGAAUUAAUCGUUGUCAAUUGCUAAAUAUAAUAUACAAUCGAAGCACAUUCUGCACAUAAACAUCUUCACAAUUGC